UGCGUGGUUGCUCCUGCUCGCUAUUCUUAGCCCCAGAGCUCGCGCCACACCACAACACGUACCUCCCGCGCGCGGGGCGUGCAAGCACACGGCUGCCCCGGCCCGCGCGCCCGUGCCGGCCGGCCAGCAGACAUGGACAUCGACCUCGACCGGGCGCGCGCGCUGCGCAUCCUCGGCCGCGGCGCCAUGGGCACCGUGUUCCUCGUCGCGGAGGGGCCCUCGGCCUUGCGCCCCAGCCGCUACGCCCUCAAGGUCUUCGACAAGCGCUCCGCCGCCCGCAGCAGGAAGCCUGACGCCGACCGCCGCGCGCGGUGGGAGAUCAGCGUGCUGUCCCGCCUUGCGCACCCGCACCUCCCCUCGCUCCUCGGCUUCACCGAGACGGACGACCUUCUCGCGUGGGCCGUCCCGUACUGCUCCGGCGGCGACCUCAACGAGCUCCGCUACUCGCUCCCCGACCGCAUCUUCUCCCCCGCGGCCAUCCGCUUCUACAUUGCCGAGAUCGUCUCCGCGGUCGCCGAGCUCCACGCCGCGGGCGUCGUGUACCGCGACCUCAAGCCCGAGAACGUGCUCCUCCGCGCCGACGGCCACGUCACGCUCACCGACUUCGACCUGUCCCGCCUCCUCCACCCCAGCAGGUCGUCCGCGGAGUCGUCGUCGCCCCCGCGGCCAGCGUCGUCCCGCGGCCACCACAACCGCCGGUCGCGCGUCCCCGCGCGGAGCGACUCGGUUCUCAGCCAGCAGGUCAAGUCGUACUCCAACUCCAACAACUCCAGGCCCCCUCACCAGCCCUGGUCCGCGGCGUCGUCGCCGCGGCAGCAGCUCCAGAGCCUGGUCCGCUACAUCAUGGGGAGCGGCGACGGGGCCGGGGUGGGCAGGAAGAGCAAGUCGGCGCGGGUGUCGCCACUGAGCCGGAAGCCCGCGAGCUUCGGCGGCAGCUCCUCCGCCGCCGCGUGGGGCAAGUCCUACUCCUUCGUCGGCACGGAGGAGUACGUGGCGCCGGAGAUGGUGCGCGGCGAGGGCCACGGCUUCGCCGUCGACUGGUGGGCCGUCGGCGUGCUCGCCUACGAGAUGGCGUUCGGGCGGACGCCGUUCAAGGGCCAGAACCGCAAGGAGACCUUCCGGAACGUGCUGCAGCAGGAGCUCGAGUUCCCGGGGGACACCCGGUGGCGGACGCCGGAGCUCGCGGACCUCAUCUCGGGCCUGCUGGAGCGGGACCCGAGGAGGAGGCUCGGGUACGCCGGCGGCGCCGACGAGGUCCGGGCCCACCCGUUCUUCGCCGGCGUCGCGUGGGACAUGCUCACGGAGGUGUCCCGCCCGCCCUACAUCCCGCCGCCGGCCGACGAGGACCUCGCGGACGUCGAAGGGUUCGACGUGAGGGGCCACUUCAAGGACCUUCACCAGCCGCCGCCUCCCAAGUCCGCGUCGGAGUCGUCCUCGUCCGAGUUCUCGACGGAGUUCUGACUCUGAGCUCGGGCUAGCUUCUUUUGCGCUUUGGUCCUCGGUAGAUUACUAUAUUGUAACCAGAGGGUCGAGGGUGUCUGUACUGUACAUACAUGGAGACGGGGAUGGUGCUGUAAAUUCGACGUAGAGUUGGUGUGGUUGUGCAAACAUUUUGGGAAGCGCGAGGGCUCGCCGGCGCACUGUGCUCGAGGCAUUUUCUUCGUGUAAUUUUUUUUCCGCUUGGCUUGCAAGCGAUCACCUGACUACCGAAGAAAAGAAAAAGGAUAACUUGAAUC